CUGGUGAAAGGAUCAACUCCAUUCACAGUAGUAACAGUCUUAACACACCUCACACUACAAACCACAUAUAAUUAAUCCCAGCACUACUCCCUUUGGAGUCAACCAAAGCUACGACAGUCGAGUGGCGGGACGAGCUACACAGAAGUUUACCGAAGAUCAGGAACCUAUACCUCACGGUCAAGAGGUGAGCAGAAGGAAAUCGAAUUGGUUUAUACUAGCUUGUAAAAACGAUAUUGGAAUCUUAUGGAAGAGGCUAACAGACUGUCACUGACAGUUUAAAAGCACCACUGAUUUGGGAAUCUGCUCACACAAGAAUGCCUUAUAAGGUCCUCUCUGAAUAUAUUAGAAAUCACUAGCCUUCAAUAAUGCGGAUGCGGACUGACGCCGAAUGAAAUGACGAGAUGACCUUAAUUGUUGAUGAAGCAGGUGGCGCAGAAUCAAAAUUUCUUCGUCUGACCCUGAAAACUGGUGGCGAUGAGGGGGGACGUAUAUUAUUCGCUGUUUUUCUUCUCUUUCUUGUCUAUUAUUAGUGUUUCAAUUGGGAGACAUACGUCGAACUGGGCAGUGCUUGUUGAUACAUCACGAUUUUGGUUUAAUUAUCGACACAUAAGCAAUGUUCUUUCCAUCUAUCGCAGUAUUAAACGACUAGGAAUACCAGACAGUCGCAUUAUCCUUAUGGUGGCAGAUGAUGCCAGUUGUAACGCACGAAAUCCGAGACCUGCAACUAUUUUUAAUAGCCCUUACAAUCGCGUAAAUCUGUAUGGGGAGGAAAUAGAAAUUGACUAUCGUGGUUAUGAAGUUACCGUUGAGAACUUUAUCCGUGUACUAACUGGACGUUUACCUCCAUCGACGCCCACUUCUAAGCGUCUGAACACUGACGAGCACAGUAACGUCUUAAUAUACAUGACAGGUCAUGGUGGCAAUGGUUUCCUGAAAUUUCAAGAUGACAAUGAACUUUCUAAUAGUGAACUGGCUGAUGCAAUUGAACAGAUGUGGCAAAAGCGCAGGUAUCAUGAAUUACUGUUUGUUGUCGAUACAUGUCAAGCUGAAUCUAUGGGCAAACUGUUUUACUCUCCAAAUGUAGUUGCAAUCGGUAGUAGUGCAGUCGGUGAAGAAUCUUUGUCUCUUAACUGAUGCAAAUUCCAAGAGGAGACAGUUUUCUUAUAUUGAACCUAUUGAUUGUGAUCUGUGAUCUUUUUUUUUCUUGUACACUUUUGUGUUGAAUUGUUUAUAGCAGUUUAUGGCAACAUUUUUUUCCUCUAAAUUUUAUAUUUAAAAAUUUUUUUUUAAAAGAAUCUCUCUCUCUUUUGAAUACAUUGAUGUAAAAAUAAUUUUUUUGUUUUCUCGUAGUUAAG